CGGGGUUCUAUUUUCAACCCUGAACAGUCUCUGGUUUCCAACAAGGAUGAGGCUGAAAUUUAGCCUGCAAAAGACCUACAUACUGCGAGGGACUGGAUGACUGGGAGCUUCCUUCUGGUGAUUGGAAUUUGUAAGAAGGAACAAGUAUUUUUAUUUUUAUUUUUGGUCAAAGACGGACAAUAUUGAAUAUUUAUCGAAACCAUGAGAUGGCCUCUUCGCGGCCUCGUGCUUGCAGCAACCCUCCUUGUUACAGUUACGUUUCUCUACUUGCCUCAACGGAGACAGCCGCUGGUCCACACGGGCGUCCAAAAAUAUUUCACAUGGGACAACCCGGACUUCGCAUACUUCAAUAAUCAGUUCAUUCUUCACCUUGCAUCAGCAGUCAACAACCCUCUCCCAGCCCGAAGAUUGUUAUCACCAGGAAUCACCUGUCCAGCGGUACGAGGUGUUGCUACAUCGCAACUAAUACCGGUCACCCAUGUUUUUAAUGCAGCAGGACUCGAGAAAUUGGGAUACGACACGAGGCCCCAACUUGCUACCAGUCUACAAAACGCAUCGACUUUAGUGGUGGAUUUCACGAGCGAAAUCGCCGAAACGCUAGAACAAGUUGUCCGCAUUACCGCGCCAAGCGAAUCGUAUUGGCAACAUUCUGCAUUCAGCUUUGUACGGGACUCAUUCAUCCUUCCUCUUCGAGCCGGGCCAUGGAGAAAAGCCGCGCGCUUAUUCACACUUUCAGAUCCUCUCGAUGCCUGCGUGAAGGAUAUGCUACCCGACAUCCUUCCCCACGCAGUUGCAUUGCAUAUUCGAACUUGGCCAUCCGACCUCUCCUUUGGCCAGAAAGACCCUUGCCAUCAGAAUGAAAUCCCCGUCCUCCGCAGUGUAUUCGGCAAAUGUGACUGGACGGGUUCCUACCUUUAUGACAAUGUUAAACGCAUGCAGUUAAACCCGGACCAGCCUGUGGUUAUUGCGACCGAUGACCGUGAAGGUGAAGUUGUCCGCGACCUUGUAAAAUUGCUCGAUGGGCGAGCCCAUUUCAUGGAAAUGACCCACAAAUGCAAGGAGGCUAUUAGGACGGCACACCCGGAGGAGGAGCAUGAGUGGCGCCUCGCUGCGUACUGGCCGAUUAUUGAAGCAACAGCUCUGACGCGAGCUGAGUCCUUCAUUGGAUCCUUCUGGUCGACUCUUUCGCAACUUGUCGCCAUUCGUCGACCUACCGAACGAACUUUCUUUUUCCAAACUCGUUGGCAAGCGUUGGUCUGGGAUUCUCGAGUGGCACUUGGUGUGCUUGUUAUCCUCGGGAUAACAUACAUGGGAUACACAUGUUCCCGCCGUGCUCUGGCAAGCCGACGGAAGCGUAUGGCAGCUGCUAAGAAGCCUGAGUUCAUUGCUUCUCCAUAGCAAGGGGCUUGAAUGUAUCUUUUGAACAUAUUGUGGUUUGGAUUCUCUUCUUGGAGUUGGUUGGAUAUAUUUACUUUUCGUGAGGCAUAUCUGUACGUGUUAACCCUUACCAUUUUGUUUUGUUGUAGUUCGAUAUCCGCACCAUUUCCAAUCCUUUCCCUGGCGUUUGUGGCGUUAGCAUUAUUUAUAACAUAGUUGGGAUUGAUUAUUUAUUUACUCGUCGAAUGACGUGGCUAUUUGCCCUUUGUCCGAUCUUUUUUGGCCCUAUUUGUAUCAUUCUCAAUCAAGGAAAUGUAUUAAAUAAUAAUGAAGAUGAUCUGAGUUGAUUUCUAUGG